AUGUCUUCCGGCCCCGAGAUACCGGCCUUGACCCUGAUGGGUUCUGCUAGACAUACCGUGGGAAUCGGCCUACUGCUGCUCGUGGUUGUGCUGUGGACGGCGUCGAACUUCCUCGCAAGCACCAUCUUCGCAGACAACACCUACUCCAAACCCUUCUUCGUGACCUACAUCAAUACCUCGCUGUUCAUCCUACCGCUUUUCACCAUCCUAUUUAGUCGUUUGUGGCGGCUCUGGCGCUCUAGAGGACUGUCUCACAUCACCUCGUUCCAGAGCCUGCUCAGGCAGUUGGACUCGCAUAAUCCCAAGGCUGAGGAGGAGCAGGGUUUUCUGCACGCUGCGGGUGUGGAGGAUGAAUUCCACGGCGGAGAGGGACGGGAGAGCGCGCAGUUUGUCCGGUCGAUGCGGAAUGAUCCAGAUGCAAAGCUGGGGUUGAAGGCGACGGCGAAGUUGAGCUUCCAGUUUUGUUUACUUUGGUUUGUUGCGAACUACUUUGCCUUGGGAUGUCUCCAGUACACAACCGUGGGCAGCACGACCAUCCUCACCUCGACGAGUGGCGUCUGGACCCUCGUCUUCGGCGCCAUACUUGGCGUCGAGAGAUUCACCGCACGCAAACUCAUCGGUGUCCUCGCCUCCCUAAUAGGAAUAAUCCUCAUUUCGCGCGUCGACCUCUCUAAGCCAGACACCAGCACCCCAUCCGCCGACGGCAGCGAGGGGUCCUUCCCGCACAAAACCCCCGCAGAGAUCGCCCUCGGCGACGCAAUGGCAGCGUUCAGCUCGAUCAUGUACGGCGUGUACACGAUCGUGAUGAAGAAGCAAGUCGGCGACGAGUCGCGCGUGAACAUGCAGCUCUUCUUCGGGCUAGUGGGCUUCUUCAAUCUCGUCCUCCUGUGGCCCGGGUUCAUAGUUCUGCACUGGACGGGCGUGGAGCCGUUUGCGCUACCGAGCACAAAACGAGUCUGGAUGAUUAUCCUCAUCAACUCGCUCUCCUCAUUCAUCUCCGACAUCGCCUGGGCCUACGCUAUGCUCCUUACCACCCCGCUCGUCGUUACCGUCGGUCUCAGUCUGACGAUCCCGCUCUCCCUGGUCGGCCAGAUUAUCCUACAGGCCCAUUAUGCCUCGCCGCUGUACUGGGUUGGUGCUAGUAUUGUGUUUAUGUCUUUUCUCGUGGUCAACCGCGAGAGCAAGGGUGAGGACGUUGUCGUUCCUGGGGCUGCUUCAGGCGCAGGUGCGGGUAGAGGUGACAGAGUGUCGUCGGGGGAGUAUGAAAGUAUUCCUCCCCCGACGUAUGAAGGUAUUCCUCGGGAUGAAAUAGUGCGUUAG